AUGGCUGACAAGCAUUCCACAUCGAUUGGACAAGCCACUAAAGUAGCCCAUCCGCAAACGGCGCCAGAAGACGGCGACAGUUGUACAGGUCAUCGGGUUGGAAACGCACCAUCCACCGAGGACUUGAAACUCGAAGGUACAUCGAAAAAGGCAUCGAAGGGGAAAGGAACUAGGCAUAAUAUCGCUUCGAGGUCUUUUCGUUCAGCAUCAUCAAAAAAAGAAAACCGGCCGAAGGAAGCGAAAUGGCCAUUUAUAGCUCAAAAAUUCGAUACAUCAUCUGGAGAACCUGAAGCCGUGGGGACAAAAAGAAGACGGAGAACGGCGGAGGAGAAGCGUGAAACUGCCCAAAUCCGGAAACUUGGUGGUGCUUGUGAGGAUUGUCGUAGAAAACAUCGCCGCUGCAGCCCGAAGCAUCACCAACGGGGCACUCCGCUCUCAACACAGCACGCCACAAACUCGCCCCAGUUGUUCAUAAAGCCAGUCCCGACAUUUCCAGGUUACUCCCAUGGCUUCUAUCCGUCGAUCGGCAACAUGUCCAUUACCGCAUCCACUCCAGUGGCACAACAGGAAAUUGAUGCCGCAGCACCAUUAAGUCUUAACCAUGCGACAUUUGCCACAGCAAGGAUGGGAGCCAAUUCCGCUAGAAUCACAACUAAAUAG